AUGCCAAAUUUGGAUCCUUGUCUCCCAGUAAUACUUGGUAGUCAUCACCGUCUCGAUGGUCAAAAUCCACAUUUAAUCUUUCAUAUCAAAUAUUAUUAA